UCAUCGAAAUUUCUUCCUAUUCAGAUAGACAGCAGAGUGACCCCAUCUAAAAUUUUGCCCAUCUUCUCCUCUUUUUUAAGUUAUCAAAACAUGCCAAUCACCAAUUUCAAGAACCCACCAAUUGUAUUACACCUCGGAAUAGCAAAAUCUCAUCAAAACCAAUCAGUCAACGCCACACCCGGAAAUGGAAACCAGAGAAAACUCACAAUUAUCAAUCUACGAUCAUAAUCAUCCGCCAAGAACUACCAAAACCCGUCGCCGUAUCGAGACCCCGGAAGCUGGAAGCAUCCCCAUUUUCCCCGAAGAAAUCAUCGUAGAGAUCCUGUCAAGACUCCCCGUCAGGUGCCUCUUGAAAUUGAGGUGCGUUUCAAAAUCAUGGCGCUCGUUGAUCUCCAGCAACCAUUUCAUCAGAGCCCAUCUCGCAGUUUCAAGAAAAGACACGAAUUUCGGCCGCCACAGGAUCAUUUCAACUGUUUUGCUGCCCUGUUACAGCCUAAAGCAAUGUUCUUUGAACUCACUGCUGUCCGGGCCUGUGGCUAAUGCAGUUGACUUCGAUUAUCCGAUGAAAAAUCCCAACAAUUCAGUUAGGAUUGUAGGCUGCUGUAAUGGGCUUGUUUGCAUAGCCAUUAACGGGAGACAUUUUUUCCUGUGGAACCCAUCUACGAGAAAGCACAAGAAAUUGCCUGAUGCGGAUGAAAGGAUUAAGAGGGGUUUGUUCAUUACCAAGUACGGGUUUGGUUUUGAUGAGUGUAAUGAUGAUUACAAGGUUUUGGGGAUCUUUUCCGGGUUUUGCACUGCUGGUAGAUAUGAGACUAGGGUGCAAGUUUACAGCUUGAGGGCAAAUUCUUGGAAAAGAAUUGAUGUCUUUGAGGAUGGCCUUCCAUUUGAUGACACAGGGAAGUUUGUGAGUGGAAAGCUUCAUUGGGGAAGGAGGGUUGGAUUCAAUGCUAGGUGGGAGAUUGUCUCGUUCGAUUUAGGAAGUGAGGUGUGCAGAACGGUAGAGCAGCCGAGGUACAUUGAGGGCGGUUUCUCACCGUCAUUGGGAGUUCUUGGUGGAUGCCUGUGUGUGCUGUGUGAUAUUCCCAAAACUAGUGUGGAUGUUUGGAUUUUGAGGGAGUAUGGAAAGAGAGAUUCUUGGGAUAAAUUGGUGACUGUUCCUUAUGAUCUUGGUGAUCCCUGGAAGGGGCCGUACUCGACUCCCUUGUGCAGAGGAGCAAAAGGUGAAAUCUUGCUGGUCUAUGGAUCGAGUUUCAUAGUGUAUGAUCCGAAGGACAAUGCGUUUCAUCGUCCCAAGAUAACGAACUUUCAUACUUUUCUUGAAGCUGAUGCUUAUGUUGAGAGUUUAGUCUCACUUGUCCCUGAUGCUGCACCAAAGAUUCAAAACCAGAAGAAACACGGGUCAUCAAUGAAUUAAUGUUGAGUCAUGUUGAUUGGUUGAGGAUGAAGUUCGAGUCUGUUGAGGUCUCCUGCAUUCUUGGAAUCAAAGAUCCAAGAAAAGAAUCCUUCAAUGUUCAGAAUUGUAAAAGAACGUCGUCUGAAAGUCUCAAAACCUAAGAAUUUUGUAAUGCAGAAAUGCCGAACAAUGUUAUGAAUGCUAAGAAUGGCUAUAUAUGCAGUUGGUUUCCUAAGAUGUUGUUGUAUCUUAUGCUGUUUGUUAACUUUCCUGAAUGAGCUAGUUCGUUCCGAGCUUGUGUCUUCCUAUGACAAGGAUUGGCUUAUGCGUUU